UACGCUGCGUGCGACACGUGGUCAAGACUCCUGACACGCGCGGUGCCGCCCGUGCGCGCGAUCGCAGGCUGCGCGUGCGCCCACGUCCUCGCGGCAGCGGCGGCCGCCACCACCACCGCCAGCUGCUGCUGCCGCUCGCUACUGCCGAGCGGCACGGCCUGGCCCUGCGACUGCUCCUCCUCCUCCAGGCUUCAGAGGUCUGAGGUCAACAAAGGCAACGCUGGCGGUGGGCGGCCAGUGGCGGCGCGGCAGCUCUACCGCGGCAGUCCCUCCCGCGGGAAGGAGAACCGCGCCGACGCUCUGGUCCACGGAUCGCGCGUCGAGGAGAUCCGUGCGCCAGAGGUGCAGCAGCAGCAGCGCCCUGCGCCGGGCUGGGCUGCCGGGAUGAAGAGCGAUCCCCCACCAUGCGCCCACGGUGCCGCCGCCACCGCCGAGGCCUCGGUGGGCGCGCCUCAGCUGGUGGUGACGCCGCUCAACACCAGGCGGCUGCAGCCGUACCGUCUCGCCACCAGCAGGGCCGAGGUGAGCAUUACCUGCACAGGGGAAGUCUGCAUGCAGUUUCUGAAGAGGAAGGAGCAAAGCGCGUGCGUUUACGAAAUACAUUGGAUUUCGCCGGAUGGGAGACAGGUGUGGAUUUGCCAGCCGCCCGAUGGGACGUCACUGGCGGAGGAGCCACUUUGCAGCCGCGACUCGGCCGUCAGCUACAGCCUGGACAAGCUGCCAGGGCGCUACUGGCGCAAGUACUGCUACGCGUCGCGAUUCGUGGCUCUGGUGCGCUCCAAGACGCCCAAGGUGACGCUGAGCUCGGACGACGCGCGCUUCUCGCUCAUGGACAACGGCCCCCCCGGCGAUCUGGAAGCGCGCUUCCACGACGGGGUCAAGGUUCUCAUCACGAACGGCUUCGUGAGCGUGACGGAGGCGUCCGGGCUCACCCGCACCUUCCAGUCUCCCUGCGACGCAUCCCAGCCGGACGGUGGUGGUGGCGGCGGCGGCGCCACGGGCGCCUACGUCCGGCGGUCCCUGCAGGCGUGGCAGCAGUGCCUGCAGCUCGAGGAAAUAAUCUCCCUGCAGGAGCAGAGCAGCGGCUCGGGCGCCAGCUUCUUCCCUGCGUCCGUCAGCCGGCCAUCUGUGGUGAACACCGAGCUGCAGUCCAAACCAGCGUUGGAUGGGAAUGCCCUGGAAUUGGGAUUGGCCCAAGCGAAUAUAUAAUAUUGCCUGCAUUGUGGGCAAGUGGCUCACUUGAGCUACAGUUAUUUUCCGUUCAGUCAAUGGUCUGAUUUUAACCCUUUCCAUUCCGAUGACGUACAUGCAUGUCAUUGAAAACUGAUGACGUAUGUGUACGUCAUCAGUUUUCCUUCAGAUUUGGAAGAAAAUCUAAAAUAAGAUAAUUUUAUCGGUGACGAAGCUCCCACAAGGCCGUGCGGGAGAGCGUGUGGCACAGUUUGGCGCCAGCUAUCAUAGAGUGCGGUCGUGUGGCUACGGUUCUCUGCGGUGAGUAAGAUGUCUUUAAAAACAAUGGCACUACUAUUACGCCUCUCUAAGUAAAAUCAGCGCUGAACCGCUCGCGCAUUCCGACAUUCGGUGGUGAACGGGACACCACCCACCCUGCAACUUACAGACGUCUCGGAACGGGGAAAGGGAUGAACUUACGGUUGCUGUCCAGUAAUUUUGAAGGGAGCAUUCAUUACCAAAAGCACCCCUCUCUGCCGCGAAGUGCACAUUAGCAAUCACAUGGUAGGCAAAUGCACUAAUUAGAGCCGGGCGUCCUGGUGGGCCGGCGUAGGCCGUUUCUUUCGCUAUUGUCGGAUGUAAACGAUUUGCGGCAAUGGAAACUGAGUGCGUUGAUGAAAAUAAAUAUUCAUGUGCACGUCACAUAGGGGUCACAGCACAUUGAAGGAGUUCAUCUAACAAUAGAGUCACCUUGCCUAUGCAUUGCUUGAGUGUACGAGAAUACGCCAAAGAUAUUUUUAGAAAUUACAAUCAUGGGUGAUGUGAAGGGCUUUGGUGUAGUCUUUUAAAAGUUAACUCUGUGCAUUCUCGUAAAAAAAACUUUUUUCCUUAAAUGUCUGAGGUCGACGAACCAAUACAGUGCAUUAUAGCCUUGUAUCGGACAUUACCGUUCCAUUUUUCAGUCGGAUCAGAAGCUUGCACACAGAUGAAUAUUUUGCAGGCGUUUAACAAACUUAAUAACUAGCAAUUGUGUCUCAUAGCAUAAUCAAUACUAGCAAUUAUGUUUUUAUAAAAUAAUCGCUGUUAUUAAGUUUGUUUGUGUCUUUUAUUUUUAAAGCGGAAUCCUUUGAUGAUGUCGUCUGGCGGCCGAGUUGCCCCUUUUUAAAGAGCUUCUUAGCUCUACGGGCUUUACUCGGUGGGAAAUACACUUCUUCUGAUUCUAAAAUGAGGUGUAACCAAACAGAUGUUAGUAAACAAACGUGAGUGAUCAUGAAAUGAAAAGGCAAUAUCGCCCGAAAUCCCACAAAGUGCCUUAAUGAUGAGGGAGAAAUUAAACGCUCACGCACGGUGCUUUAAUUUGAUGAAAUAUUUGCUGACGCAGCAACAAUUACAAUUCCCAUAUGUACACGAUGACGUUUGAGUCCUGUACGAACAGCACUAAAGCAUAGAGGAAUGCAUAGAGAAGUGUAUGCAGAUGCGGCUAUGUACGGCGCAAAAGAAGUUCAAACAUACAUAGAUCCAUACAGGUGAAUAGUUGAAAAGGUUGGAUUUGUAUGUGUGUACAGUGAGGGGAAAAAAGUAUUUGAUCCCCUGCUGAUUUUGUACGUUUGCCCACUGACAAAGAGAUCAGUUUAUAAUUUUAAUGGUAGGUUUAUUUCAACAAUG